AUGCAAGCCGUAUCGUUGCUUUCUCGCGCAGGCCGUGGCCUCCCUGUGCCUAUCUAUGCCAGACCUAUGUUUGUGGCGGCUGUGCAGAGACGUUCGGCUCAUUUUGAUUCGAAUGCGUUCGUGCAGCGCCUUCAAGACGCGGGCAUUACACGUGAACAAGCCGAUGUGCUUGUCACGGCCAUGUCCGAUGUGAUCAACGAGAGCAUUGAGAACUUUGCGCGCGGUCUUGUGCGACGUGAUGAAGCGGAACGUGUCAACUAUACUCAGAAGGUCGACUUUGCCAAGCUAAAGUCGGAGAUUCAGCUGCUGGAACGCAGUGACUUUGUGCUGAUGAAGUCGGAAAAUGAGCGACUCAUGGCGGAUGUCGAAAAGCUGAAGCAGCGUCUUCGAGAGGAAAUUGCACGUACUACGGCGGGUGUGCGUCUUGAUCUGAAUCUGGAGAAAGGCCGAAUCCGUGACGAGUCCUCCGUGCACUCGCUCAAGAUCAAGGAGGUGGAUACGCGGAUCGAGUCGGAGAUUGCAGGUAUCCGUACGAGUAUCCAAAGUGCUAAAUUCAAUGUGCUACAGUACCUUGUUGGUGUGGCUACCGGUGCGGGAGCCUUGCUACUGGCCUAUUUGCGCAUGUUCCGCUAA